CGCCUCAAACCCGGAAGUAGUCUCCCCUGACAAACCCGUGUCCAGCGGAGCACGCGUUUGCACGUUCGUAGUUGAAAUCCAGGAGUAGUGGGCAAGCUGUUUUCCCUUCUUCCCAAAAAGUGGCUUUUUGGAGGACUGCUUUUGAGGGUACGGGCCCCGAAGUUGACCGAGGUAGUCCCCUGCUGCAUCCUGCCACCCAAGCUGUGCUUCAUGGAGUCUACGUUUAGCAGCCCCGCGGAGGCGGCUCUGCAGCGGGAGGCGGGCGACCCCGGACUGCUCACUCCUCUCGCCGACCUCGACCAUGUAUACGAGCUGGAGCGAGUCAUUGGAUUUGUCCGCGACGUGGGGUGUCAACGGGUGGCCUUGCAGUUCCCAGACCAGCUGUUGGGAGACGCUGGGGCCGUGGCUGCACGACUGGAGGAAGCCACAGGAUCAAAGAUGUUCAUUUUAGGGGAUACGGCCUAUGGCAGCUGCUGUGUAGAUGUACUGGGUGCUGAGCAAGCUGGAGCUCAGGCCCUUGUACACUUUGGACCAGCCUGCUUAAGUCCCCCAGCCCGACCUCUUCCUGUUGCCUUCGUCUUUGGUCAACGUUCUGUGGCCUUGGAGCUCUGUGCCCAGGCCUUUGAAGCACAGAACCCAGAUCCCACAGCGCCUGUAGUGCUACUGAGUGAGCCAGCCUGUGCCCACGCCCUGGAGGCCUUGGCCACUCUCCUGCGCCCAAGAUACAAGGAUCUGCUUAUCUCUAGCCCAGCUCUUCCCUUGCCAGUGGGGUCCCCCAGACCAGUGCCUGAACCAUUGGAACGUUUUGGGCGCCACUUCCCCCUGGCCUUAGGAAGAUGUCUGGAAGAAUAUGGUGCCUUCUAUGUGGGGGGCUCUGAAGCUAGCUCUGACCCUGAACUUGAUCCAGACCUCAGCCGUCUGCUCUUGGGAUGGGCACCAGGGCGGCCCUUUUCCUCCUGCUGCCCAGACACAGGACAGACACAGGAUGAGAGUGCCCGGGCUGGGCGGCUAAGGGCACGAAGACAGUAUCUGGUGGAGAAGGCCAGAGAUGCCCAUGUGAUAGGGCUAUUGGCGGGCACACUGGGUGUGGCCCAACACCGUGAAGCACUAGCACACUUGCGGAACCUAACUAAGUCUGCUGGCAAACGUAGCUAUGUGUUGGCCUUGGGGCGGCCCACCCCUGCCAAGCUUGCCAACUUUCCUGAGAUAGAUGUCUUUGUGCUCUUGGCCUGUCCUCUGGGUGCCCUAGCCCCCCAGCUUUCUAGUGGCUUCUUCCAGCCUAUACUGGCACCUUGUGAACUGGAAGCUGCCUGCAACCCUGCAUGGCCACCUCCAGGCCUGGCUCCUCAUCUCACACAUUAUGCAGACUUGUUACCCGGCUCUCCCUUCCAUGUGCCCCUCCCACCCCCUGAGUCAGAGCUGUGGGACACCCCAGAUGUGUCACUCAUUUCUGGGGAGCUCCGACCUCCACCUGCCUGGCAUUUAUCAAAUGAUCCUGGAUGCUUUGCUCUGACCCCACGGCCCCAACUGGAAUUGGCUGAGAGUAGCCCAGCAGCCUCCUUCCUUAGUUCCCGAAGCUGGCAGGGACUAGAGCCCCGCCUGGGUCAGACUCCGGUGACAGAAGCUGUGAGUGGAAGACGAGGGAUUGCUAUCGCAUACGAGGAUGAGGGAAGCAGCUGAUAGCACAUGGGGCCAGAGACACAGAGGAACUUAGGAGUUGCUGCUAGGACCUUCAGUGCUCUUUGCACCAACUUCUCAUCAUCUUCCCAGGAUUUUUGAAGGAAACUGGAUAGAGAAGGCAGGCAGCCCUCACUGAGGAUGGGGCCUGAGCCUGUCCUAUUCUACCCUGCUUUGAGGCUUGGCACAUAUUGGCUUAGUAACUUCCUGUUAUUUGACUGAUGGGCAAAAGGCUUGGGGGCUUCCUUGAGUCCUGGGCCCAUCUGUCCUUGUAGCAGUCCAGGACUGGGUAGCUAAUCCCGUUUCUGGUCUGCAGUUGAGGGUCUACCCAUGUUAAAAGGCAGGUGCUUGAUGGUCCAGACCACAGUUUCUCAACCUCAGCACUGUUAACAUUUGGGACCAGAUAAUUAUUUGUUGAGGAAGCUGUACAGUUUAUGUUAGAAUGUUUAGCAGAAUGCCCACUAGGCAUCAGAAGCACUGUCCCUCAAUUUUGACAACCAAAAAAUGUCUCCAGACAUUGAUGGGGAUGUAUCCCCCAUGGGUUCUCAGAUGCUCCUAGGUGAGAAUCAACUAGUCUAGAUCUGUACUGUUCAGGAUCUUAGCUACUGGAUACAUAUGGCUAUUGGCUAUUUAAUUGAAAUUAAGUAGAUUAAAACUCAGUUUUGUGAUCAUGCUAAUCACAUUUCAAGCACUCAAUUAGCUGCAUGAAGGGAUGGCACAAUUAUAGGACAUUCGCAUCACUGUAGAAAACUCUUAUUGGACUGUGUUGGUCUGUGUCUGCUCAGUCUUAUUUUCUCGGGGAGAUCACAGAAACUUAAAUAAACCAGAUACUUUUUCUCC